AUGUCGGCCAAAGCAAUCUACAUCGGUGUCGUCGGAGUUGGUGGCGUUGGGAGCCACUUUCUCUCACAACUAUCUAAGUUACCAAAUGCCCCAUCCCUGGUCCUCAUUGCCCGGUCCUCACAGACACUCACUUCCCCGGCUCCCUCAUACCAAGCCAUCCCCCCGGCAGACUGGCAGUCGGCUUUCUCCUCCGGCUCAUUUACCAAGUCUGAAGCCUGGUCUCCAGAGCAGAUAGCUACCUACCUCUCAGGGGUGCCAGGACGAGCCAUCCUAGUUGACAACACCUCUGACCCUACAAUUGCCAAUUCGUACCCUAUUUUCACAAGCAAAGGUAUCAGCAUCGUCACGCCAAACAAGAAGGCGUUCUCCUCCUCCCUGAAGCUAUGGAAGGAUAUAUUCUCCACUGCUACUGCCAACAAUGCAUUGGUUUACCAUGAAAGUACCGUGGGCGCCGGACUGCCUGUUCUUUCGACCCUGCGUGAUCUAGUCAACACUGGUGACAAAGUGACUCGAAUUGAAGGUGUCUUUUCAGGAACCCUGUCCUUCCUGUUUAACCAGUUUUCUUCCCCUUCCCCUUCAGCUGCAGGUGAGAAGAAGAAAUGGAGUGAGGUUGUCAGCAAGGCCAAGGAGCUGGGGUAUACCGAGCCUGACCCCCGAGACGACUUGAACGGCAUGGAUGUUGCGCGUAAAUUGACCAUCUUGGCUCGAAUUGCUGGGUUGGAAGUUGAGAGCCCAGACUCGUUUCCCAUUGAGAGCUUGAUUCCAGGUGAGCUUGCAAAACUAGAAGCUGGGCCCAAAGGGACUGAGGAGUUUAUGCGUCUCCUGCCUGACUUUGAUGGGAAGAUGGAGGAUCUUCAGAAAAAGGCGGAAGCAUCCGGCAAGGUACUGCGAUAUGUGGGUAGCAUUGAUGUUCCUCAGAAGGUUGUCAAAGUGGGCUUGCAAAGCUUUGACAAGGAUAGUGCCAUGGCAGGGCUCAAGGGCAGUGACAACAUUAUCAGUUUCUACACUGAGCGAUACGGAGAACUUCCUCUAAUUGUCCAGGGUGGCGGUGCUGGCGGAGCUGUUACUGCUAUGGGAGUCAUGUCUGAUUUGAUAAAGGUACUAGAGAGGCUGAGAUAA